AUGCCUUCAGAUUCAGAACUUUCAUCAUUAUCAUCGGCACCUCCGACGGAUGACGAAGCUACUAUGGCGAUUGACCACCCGACUGGUAUCGCAAAGUACUUCAAGAAAGAGUCUGAGACGCCGCCACCGAAGCGGGAACCGUCACCUCCGCAUGAAUACGUCGUGGCCGACAACCCCGAUAUUGCGUUCAUCGUCGCGUUCCGCGCGCGUUUCCAUGAAGUGUUCCCCAAAGGAGUGCCACACUACGGCCCGCAGGAUAUUGAGAAGGGGAUUGAGGAGUCUCCCCCUGGAGAAUACAUUGAAAGACUUCUAUGCGCAUUGCUUGGGCUUGUUCUGAACCGCAAGAAGGAAGUUGAGUAUGGUCGCCACCUAUCGCCCGAUACCAAGAAACCACUUCACACGUCCCCUCGAAGAAGCAAUCCAUACGCAUCAGUCGCAGUGGCCAAAAGAAUGGGAGGAAAAAACCCCCUUCACGGGGGUGGCAGCUUUGCGACCAUGUCCCCCGCGGAACGUCUGCGUUUAUUGAAGGCCUUGAUAUUGUGGUCACUUUCGUCGUCCGAAGCGGUCCAGGCCAAGAUCAAAGAAUCCUACAAGCAGGCGCGCCACGAUGAUGAUCUCAACCAACCAUUGUCUGUCCAACCCUGGGGCCGGGAUAGCUUGAAACGUCGGUAUUGGCUUAUCGAAGGGCACGAUGAUACAAAUUUCCGUCUCUACCGCGAAAGUAACCCAGCCCUCAAACACAAUACUUGGUGGAGCAUCGCGGGGAGUAUUCCCGAGCUGGAGGCCGUCGUGGAGAAACUUGAGGGCGAAAAAGGCACAAACUCCAAGAAGCUUAGCGAGAGGAUUCGCGCUUCGAUCCCUCGAUUUGAGGCAUCAGAAGAGAAACGGAGACGCCGCGAAUAUCGUGUCGCACGGAAAGCUGCCUUCGUUCGUCCGGAUCCUGGGUUCUCCAUGUAUGAAGGUCGUACACGCGGCAAGAAACUGAAAUACACGUACUCGGACGACGAAGACAUCUUUUCUGAUGAUGAGCCUUCUGCACGUCGCUCCACUAGAAAUGCGGCUCCUACGGAAUCUUCCACGGAGUCUAGACGCCCUCGAUUCACGGCAAGCGGGAGGCAGAUUCGAUCUCGUGCUGGGGGCCUCUAUGGCGAGGCUCUGUUGAUUGGUCAACGUGACGGAGCUGAUGAUGAAGAGUUCGAUGAAGAUGAAGAAGAAGAAGUAAUCAGACCGCAGAGGGCUCGGACUUCGACCCACCCCAACGGAUACUCUGGAUACGACGCCGAUGAUUUGGAGGAUGCAUCUGAAGUCCAUUCAAGCGCGAAUGAAAGCGGCAACGAAUGGCAAGGCGUUGAAGACGAUUUGGAGCGCGAUUUCGAAGGCGACAAUGAAGAAGACGAAGCAAGCGCAGAUGAGUCAACUGGCAAUGAGGAGCCAGAAAGCCUUGUCGUGCAACUUCGAUAUGGCAAGGGAGAUGCUGGCAAUCCGGAGGUCCAGAUUGAAAAAUCACCUCCUACGGAAGACGUCGAAAUGAAUGAUGCCGGAGAAGCAGCAGCAGCUUCCUCAGCCCAAGUACCGCCGAUGACCCUCCCCCAUCAAUCAAACUCGGGUGCGCAGCAGGCCCCGGCCAUGAGUGCACCUUCACACCCUUCUGCUCCGAUACCCCAAGUGCCGACCCAUUCUGCCGCAGCCGUAGCUGCGCCAUCCGUUUCUCCUAACGGCGUGAAUCAAAUUUGA